GCAGAUCAGAUCCCAGACUGACCGCAGCUCUCACCACACACACACAUACACACACACACACAGAGCCCGUCUGUCUGUCUUUCUGUCUGCACGGACUCUGACGGACAGUCAGCCGGAGAGCCCGCACACAGACGGGACAUGAGGCGGCCAUGAGCGCGGCGUGUCUCUGACAGCCUCCAUCCGCGUCCAGAGAGCAUCCGCUGCUUCCAUCAGCCAGUGUGAUCUGUGCGUUCAAAGCAGAGGAGGGGAGCACUGCAGCAGACAUGCCGGGCCUGCUCCACAUCACUCUGACUGCCCUUCUGGCCAGCUGUGAUGCCUUCAGACUGGGUUCCUCCCAGCGGGUCAUCCCCCUCAACGCUCCGUUGACUCAUCUCUUCAGAGAUGAAGGUUCAGCCAAGCCAAGUUUCAUCCAGGAACUAGUCAGAACCAAACGCCAUUCAGUCCAGGAGUUAGUGCGGGCCCAGCCUCAUUUGGUUCAUGACAUGGGUUGGCCAGAAAUACAUGAAACCUCCCGUUCACAGGCCAAGCUGGAGUCAGCGAACUCAUCUCAGCUGAGCGCACCACCCUCCGCCAGUCAGGCAGCCAGAGCUCGCGCAGCUGUGGAUGACAACCUGGAUGUGGAAGAUGAAAUGGAGCGCAUGGUUCAUCUGGCAGUUCCACAAGCUGCAGAAGGCUACACAGUAAAUCCAGACUUCUCUGACCCAGAGACGGAGCUUCUCAGUGGGCCAGGAGCCGGCGAUUCUUCCCAGGAAGCUUCUGGGUUGUAUGGAACAGACAUGGAGGACAGAGACAGAGGAGAAGAGGGCGCAGAGGACCGAGAGAGGAGAGGGGGAGAAGACGAGUGGGAGAAAGAGGCAGGGGAGGAAAGUGAGAGAAAGGGGGAAGCGGAAGAUGGGAAGGGAGGAGUGAGAGAUGAUCAAGAUGUUCUGGAUGCCUUAGAGGUCAACCACACAACGCCAGAUCUUGAUACCCUGAUUGGCUACAGUCCAUCUUUCAACCCCUCCAGCGCCAAACAGCCCAGCAUCUCCAACCCAGCCCCGGCACGUGAUUCUGGACCACAGGAGCAUCGUGGACCCCCCGUCCUGAAGGUGGGUCCUUUAGAAAGAGAGCUGUGGGAAGCAGAGGGAGAGGAAGAUGUCCUUUCUAGUGGAUGUGGAGUUCUGUGCUCCACCAUCGCUACCACUGGUGCUGCACCCAGCGCUGCUGCUGCUGCUGGAGAUGCUGUAGGAACAGCCACCCCAGAGACCGACACUGGCACAGACUUUGGGCUGCUGGGAAGUUUUACAAAAGGUGACGCAGAGGAUGAAGAGGCUGAGAGGGAGGAAGAGGAAGAGGAAGAAAUAGGUCUCGCACACGUUGGUGUAUUUACCCACAAUCCCACUGUGCCUGAAGUUGGCUUGGCUCCCAGCAGAGAGCCUCUGCAGCCUAGUGCAGAGAAAGGAUUUAGACUAAAAGAUAGAAGUGAAGAGCUGGAGGAGGAGAAAUGGAAAAAUAUGGAGCGUGAGACAAGAGUCAGACACAUCAUCCCACUCACCACCAAUCCUUCCCCCACUAUCGGCUUCACUGACCCAUCCUGGGAUUGGCUGGAAAAGACCACGCCCCUUCAGUCGCACAAGUCAGAGGUCAGGGGAGGUGGGGUCGCAGAAGUCCUCCUACCAGACAGUGAUCUCAGUGGGGUGGAGGUGACACACCAGGUAGUUUGUGUAGACUGGAGUGAGCUGACUGGACGAGGCUAUGUCGUCCUCAACAUGACACAGAACAUCAACUGCGAGGACUUUCGUUUAGACCAGGGUGUGCGGUUGUUGACGACCAUUGAGCGAGUGUUUGCUCGAAGAAUGAAUAGCCCUGAGGGAACAUGGGUAAUCUACCUCAGCAAGCCUACACACCAGCAACACCAGCUGCUGAUGAAUGUGGCAUCUGUGCACGGAGUGAUCCCUACCAAAGAUAUGCUGGGAAUGCUGGCAGAGAUUAAGACAUGUCUCACUGAGGUGGGCGUCCAGAACUACAGCGCUGCCAGCAACUGCCCGGCUCGGCCCAGUCAAACACGCAGCGAUUACGGCAAACUGUUUGUGGUUCUGGUUAUCAUCGGCUCCAUCUGCAUGGUCAUCAUCACAUCUGGAUUCAUAUACAUCUGCUGGCAGAGACGACUGCCCGCAACUAAAACCGCUUUUCGUGCUGAGGAGCUUCACUUUGUGGUGAACGGUUGCCAUGAUAACCCAACACUGGAUGUGACCAAUGACGGCCAGCCUGAGAUGCAGGAGAAGAAGCCGAGUACCAAUGGGCUCGCAGGAGGAGGAGGAGGAGGAGGAGGAGGAAGAGGAGACGGUGGUGGGGAGGACAGCAGUCGCUGGCAGGUAUUUGUCAAUCAGGCAGCCACGGAGGAGGAGGAAGAGGAGCAGGACACACAUCUCUGAUUGAUGAAGAGGAGAGUUCUUUUAUAUACAGAUGAUAGGAGGAGCCUAGAGGAAAGAAGAAGACAUUGAAAGAGGAUGAUAAGGUGGUGGGGAGGAGAAAUAUAAAAUAUCUUUAAUGGAGAGAAAAAAGAAAGAAGAAGAGAAAAAUAAAUAAGGGAAAGGAAAAAGUUCUUGAUGGGAAUGAAACCUGAGUGAAUAUGUGUUGCCCAGUAAGAGCUAAGACCGAGGCUAGGAGGAACACAGCAGGAGGAGUCACUGACAUCAUCUUUGAGAUUAGACGCCAGAGUUUACACAGCAAGUUAGAUUCCUGUGUCAAAUCUGAAGUCGUGCAAAGUUACCCGUCUCGCUCCAAGAUGUGCAGCUUUUUAAAUCAUCGACUAAGUGUGGCAAAGCUGAAAACGUCAUUAAAAGAUCAAACCCCUCUUUGCUGUUAGCUGCAUAAUGCCAUCACAUCGUAAAAACACCUUUGUUUAGUGUGCCUUACACUGCCAGCUUUUUGUGCUGUGGCUGCAUGGGACAAUAUAAAAGCAAACAUGUACAAAUCACUGCUUAAAGCAUCAUUUUUCAUCCUUAAUGUUUGAAUGUAAACAGGUUUUCCUUACACAGAGUUGUUUCCCUGACUGAAAGUAGUCAUAAUAUUAAAGAAGACCUUGUUGGCUAUGAGUUGUGGUGGAACUGAAUAUAUUUAGGUUAGCUGCAGCUUAGUAUUUUAUAUAUAAGGUAAUGGUAGUUUUACAAAAUAUGAUAAUAGUUUACCUUAAAGUAACCAACAGCAUAUGAAGUUGUCAACAUUAGCAGCAGUGGAAAAAUGGUACUCCUGAUAUGCUUUUCCUUAUUGUCAUAUCUGUAAUGUUAUAAUGUUGAUUGCUCAUAUUAAACAGGGCCAAAGAGCUCACCAUCUGUACAACAAUGCCAUUAUUGUACAUACAGUCUGAAGCCAAACUCAGGCUUAAGACUGCUUUAAACACAAGGCUUUUAAAGGUUUUUUUCUACUCCUGUGCCUUGCUGAUGUCAGACCAGCAUGGACGUCCCGGCACACCCCAGAUCCACAGCUCGGGGUCCAAUAGGAGGCGGGGCUUUGGGGAAGCCAGGCAAGGGCCAUCCAAUCAGAAGAAGGUGGUUUUUUAGGGAGGGCGCCUUAAAAGGAAAAUAAUUAAAACAUUCAGACAGGAGGGGUUUUUUUUGUGUUUUUUUUAUAAACUCUAGUCCCAGAACAAAUCUAUAGAGCUGGAAAUGAGUAAUUACCCUUUAAUAAUGAUAAUAUAACCAUAAAACACUCACCUCUUUGCGUUACAAUGACUUUUAGUACUUUAUAUCUUUCUACAAAUACUGCAAUCCUCUAAAUAAUAUGAUGAAUGUAAGACUGAGAGUCACCGUGGAUCACAGUCAUUACUUGCUGCUAAAUUCUAUGUUCAGAUACAGCUGAUAGCAGCAAAGAAAUCAGCAGUGACUCCUCUUAGCUGCUCCUCCAAAUUACUGAUGAGAAAGUGAAGCCUGUAGCAAAUCUGAAAGUGAGGUUUUGGCACUUUAUUGAUUCCUCUUGGAAAGAGUGACUAUCAUCAUUGAAAUGCUGCAUCAUGUUACAUGUAUUAAUUACAGUGAUUGAAAUAUCUCUAUUUUGCUUAUAGGAAUGGUUGUAACUGCUGAGGAUGUUUACUCUACACUCUGAAACAUGUCAUGUGAUUGCUGUAAUUGUGUGCUCUUAGCCUUAUAUGCUUUUUCUUUACAAUAGUGCUCUAAUGGCUGCUGUACGCUCCUGGCUAAAUCUUGAGGCUAUGACACAUGGGCAACAUUUAGACGUCAAACGCAUGAAAAUAUAGGUCGUUACAGUGUUAAAGUCGAGUCACCAAGCCCCAAGUCGAGCCCCAAGUCUUCAGUAUUUUGGUGUUAAGUGUUAAAGUCAGAGUUAUGGCUGAGGCACAAGUGGAAUCGCUGCAGUAUGCAGUCAUUAUGGUCAUGCCCAAGUCAACACAGUUUGCUUAGGACUAACAGCUCGAGUCUUACCCAAGUCAUUAUGGUCACUUCCAGGUCAGUAAAGACAGGUCUGUAGUGUUACCAUCACUCAGUAUCAUGGCUGUUAUAUUCAGGUCUCUAAGAUCAUGUCAGCAUGGUCAUACUCUGACUUCAGAGUCACCUUAAUUCACAUCUGACUCAUCCACAUUUAAUUCCAAAUUAAUUUGCAAACUAUCCAAAGUACAAUUACCGGAGGUUACAAGGCCAGGGCGCGAUUAAUAAAAUGCUGAUUGGUCACCAAACUGCGAUGACACGUGCAGGAACGUCACACGCUGAGAUAUUUUUCUGUGGUACUCGCUGAGACGGGCGCACUGACUCCAGUCGCUGCUCAAAUGGAAAAUAGACGAUUUUCAGUGGCUGUGAUCAAAAUUUUAUUUGGUUUUGAUUAUUUUCUGCAUUACUGCAGGAAUGUCACCUUUUGCAGGUGCCCAUCUGCAUUUCAUCAAGAUGUUGCCUGUGUUUUAGCUCAUUUAGUCUUGAUGCAACAACACUGUAUAUGGCUUCAUUCUAGACCACACUGAUUAAUAUGCACUUUGUCUGCUAAGCAGUAUUUAUGGAGCAUCGCGGACACCUGCGGGGACGGAAAACUAUCAUGAAUACUUUAAAUGACUGCCUGCAGUGUAGAUAAUGUGUUUCUCAGUCACAGGAUCGCAGACGCAGACCGUGAAUGUGUCCACUGCACAGAAUUAAAUGCAAACAGAGCGUAUCGAGUUGACCAUUCUGUUUAAUAUCAGGCAAAGCACAAAAUGCAGGCAGGCUCUUUGUUAUUAUAUAGGUGAGCAUGUAGCUUUCAGCUCUACAGUAAGCAUCAAUAUAACGAAACAUACAGCUGGUGUUGCUUUUCGUUCAUGAAUGAGAGAUUUUGGUGCAGAUAAAUUUUGUUGCUUGACGUGAUCAUUGAACAGAUUCUGCUUCUUCGCAUUUUUUUUUUUUAAUAUUUUUGUUUUUAGGGUAUGAUGGCGAGCUCGUGGAUAGUUAUCAGUGGGAGCACAAGUCGUUGGGCAUUCAGUUGUAGCAAAAAAACAAAACAAAUGAGCCCUUUCUUUGUAUAAAGAGUUUCUUGGUAAGAUUUUAAACCAGUAUGUAACCAUUUUGUUGACCUGUGAUUCAUUAUUUUUGGGAUAUCUUAUUUUGAAUUUUACAAAUAUUUGUUCUGUGUUUGUUUAUUUGCAUUUACACAAACAUAUAGUU